AUGGCUGCCUCAAUUCCCUGGUUCUACUUUUACUACCCCUGGGUGUUGCUCCAGGUGCUUUACACUAAGAUCAAGGCGAGAACAACCGGGACUCAAUACCGCAAGUGGGCCCGCAACCCUCAUGUCUCCGGUAAUUUGACGGAAUUGGCGGCGCUUUUUGAUCUUCCUCCUCCCGUGCUUAAGGACGCGGUCCCCGGCCCCAUCUCAAACUAUUUGGCUAAGAACAAAAGCAAGGCCACUCAAAUCCUUGGUACUGUGCCACCUCAUUACAACGAAGCCUUUGGUGCCUACGCUAGAUGGUACGUGAAGCGCAACCCCGAGGACCUUGUCAUCUUAUUCUUGCACGGUGGUGGCUACUUGUUGCAAAUGACCCCUGCCUACCUUGAAGCGUUCAAUUCGAUCAUCGGGUUGUUGCCCGCCGACAAACGCAACAAGGUGUCGGUGCUUAUUCUUGACUAUGAUUUGGCUAGUACCGGCGCUGCCUUCCCUCGUCAAUUGCAACAAGCUUACGACACUUACACCAAAUUGUUGGAAGACGGUUACACCAACAUCGGGGUCAUGGGAGACUCUGCUGGUGGCCACUUGACUCUUACUUUGCUCCAACAAUUGAAGGCUCGCGGCUCACCGGUGUACCCCAACAAGAUCAUCUUGCUGUCGCCUUGGACUAAGUUGUUGACCACUGCCUUGGAUCACGUCCCCGGUAACCUGGCUUACGACAACGACGGCCGUGACGCUAUCCGCUUUCUGUUUGCUUCCAAUCAGCCGCUUGUGUCCGGCUUCAUUGGUACUCAUGACGUUCUGCUGGCUCAGGUGCUGCCGGGUAACGCUGACUGGGCCACCGCUGGCUGGGACAAGAUUCCCUCGUUGACUCUGCCCAAGUGUGACGUAUUCUUUAUCACCGGCGAAGAUGAGCUUUUCCUUGACCAAGACAACGAGUUUGCUUAUCAUGUUUUGGGAGUUCCUUUCCUCAAGAACAAAUACGGCAACAGUAACGGUAAGUUUGACCGCGCCAUCCACGAGUACAUUCGCCGCGACUCUCCCGACAAGGUGAACGUGUGGGCUUACGUCGAGCCCUGGGGGAUCCACGACUCGUUUGUGCUUAGUGAAGACGACUUGGCCGACAAGGUGGCUGCCAGAAAAGUGACGAUUGCCACCGUUGACCGGGUCCGUUACUUUGCCAUUCCUCGUAUUGUCGACUUUUUGUAUGAAACCAUCUAG